AAACGUGCUCCACCAAUCCUGUCGCAGCAUUGUGUCACGUGAUCUUCGAAAUCAGCCUGACCACGAAAUUUGAAAUGUGGAAACAGAUUGCUAGUGCGUGUUAUUUAUUGUGAACAAUCAACACUACGAUUUAUAAAUAGAACCCGAGAGCUCUGUCUAACAAACAGACUUUGGCCUCCAUUUGUUUUCCAGGCUGAAGAUGGCAUCUCUCUCUCACAGUGAUUUUGUUUCACUGGCUGAGGAGAAAUUUGACUUUGAUGUUUCAUUGUCACCUGAAAGGUUUGUAUUAAAUGUUCAAUAUGUUCAAGGCAUUUUCAUUGGUCCAAUCAGUCAUAAAGAGAAAUGCAUUUCCCAUGGAGUGGAGAUUCAUGUGAAGGACAGUAUAAGCAGCGGCCCGUCUCUUGGAGAAGAGCCCAGCUGGAGUCCGCUCACAGGAGAGAAGUUUGAUGAAAUCUGCAAAGAAGCUCAGCUGCUCGCCAGCCACCUCGAGCAAACGGUGACAGAUUCUGUAGCUGAGAGCAGCGUCGUUUCCUCAAGCCAAGCCAUAGAGACUGAGACAUUUGAGGAGGACACCACAUCCAAACUGAACAUGUUUAGCAAGCCAGCUGAUGUUCUGAGUCCCAUCAAAAGAGAAACCUUUCUUGUGCAGGACAGCCCAAUGAAGCAGCUUCCACCUGCCAUUCAGAAGCGUAUGCUGAAGUCUUACGGGGCGGCUGGGUUUGGCAAACCACGUCUCAGCACAUCAAGUCCAGUCAGGCCUGCUGUGACACAGCCUAAGAUGGCAACUAGAGGCAAAGCCAUUGUGACUAGUAGUGGGGUGUUACCCAGCAAACCCACAGCACAAGGAAACUCACGACUUUCCUCCAGCACCAAAAUGCCACCGGCGACUAAAUCUAGACUUCCUCCUCCCAGCAAAGGUAAUUUUGGGCUAAAGCGCAGUCCCAGCAGUAGAAACACAAGUAGAGCUGGUUCUUCUGAAGACCUUCUCUCUGAUAACACCAGUGUUGCUUCUGAUGUCAGUGACUCUUCCUUUAACAGCAGUUUGCCAGGAAGAAGCAGCAUUCCUGCCCGGAACAAGACAGAAUUGCGAGCUCCAGCUGCUCUUAAAGCUCCCUCCCUUCAGAACUCGAGAGUUGUAGACAGGAGAAGAAACACUUCAUCCUCUUCCUCAUCUGUGUCCAGCAUCAAUUCUAGUCUAACUAUACCCCCACCCUCACCAGCCAAACACACUUCCUCCCUCAACUCCAGCACUAACAGCAUCGGUGCUCGUUCACACAGCAGCAUGAGCAGGUUGCCAAGUUCUAGCCGCAAAUCCUCUGUUGUUACCAGAAACCCAGAGCCCCCCAUCAGCAGACGGGCCUCCAUCUCUACACAGGGGAGGAGGGCGUCUGAACUCCUUCCCAGACCUGUUAAAGCUACACCCAUUAAAAAAACAGAUCCAUUCAGAUCCAUUAUACCACCUUCACAGCUUCCAUGACCCCAGCCGCAAAAAAUACAGGUGAAAGGACCCGCCUCUACAUCCAGCCCGCAUCUCUGCAUGCUGCUUGCUAAGAUGGGAUGUGCUCUUAGAGGAAACCCUCAAACUCAAGGAAAAUUAUAAACAACACCCACAAACUACCUAAAAGGAGUUCGCAAAUCAGAGGUUUCCUCCUCGCCUGACGUCCCUCGUAUCAUGAAGCCAAAGAGAUUAUUGACUGCAUGCAGUGUGGAUAGACCUGAUCAUCUAGUCGGUCCUCCAGUGGGGCUCCUGACGCCCUCAGCUAUGGGCAGUAAACUGCGGAGACCCUCGGCUCUUCCCACUCCAGUCAACCGCCGGAUCUCUGGCAUCCCUGCACUCACACCCAAGAGUGUGACACGUCUGAGUAAACCUUCCCAGGUCACAGAGCACUCGUCGACCACCAGCCAAACAGCCACUCAUUCAAGCCCUGAAAACAUGAAAGAAAGUGAGAAUCAGGAAGAUAAGCAAAUUUCAGUGUCCAAUGAGAAGACCUGCCCUCCAGCUGACCUCCAGCCCUGCUCCCUGGUCUUUAAUAUGGAGGAUGAGCCUGAGGAACCUCCUCCCUGUGAGCCAGCAGUUGUGGAGAAUCCCUCUGAGCCGCCUUCAUGUGAUCCAGAGCCUCUUGAAGUCGAAAUCAAUCCCCCAACUCUUCCAAGCACAGUGGACACCCAAAAACACCUGCAGAACACAGAGAAAAAGGAAGUUAAAGAGGUUUUGCUUGUGGACGCACCUGCACCAGCACUUCAGCUGACAGAAAAGAUGCUAAUUGAUCUCUCCAACACCCCAGACCUGAUCAAAACCUCCUCUGGAAAGCCCUGGGGGGGACAGUUAAUUGACCUGAGUUCACCUCUUAUAAAGUGGAGUCCAGAGGACAAGAACAAAAAUGCUGAGAAUGCGGCUCCACUGAUCGACUUGUCUUUUUAGAGGACCUGCAAAAUUUACUGUGAACUGUGACAAGAAAAAAUAAUCAACUGGAGUUUUUCAUACUGUUGAAAUUACUUUAAAGAGGGAGCAUGGAUGCUGCUGCUGUGCUUUAUUAGCCUUUGUGCUUUUAUUUGUGUUGUCUGUCCUUCAUGAUUGUAAUUAUGGUGAUUUGCAGUAUUUUAAAAAUGAAAUGUGUUGUAUUUCUCCCAAAACGUACAAAUAAAUGUUACAUUUACAACA